AUGAUUAACAACCCGAGCUAUGCGGACGACAUGGUGCUCCUUAGCCCGUCGGGCAAAGGUCUCAGAAAGUGGUCGCGGAGGCGCGCACAGCUGCUGGAGCGGUGGCGCGCUGCCCGCGGGGGACUGCUGGCCGGCGGAGUCAGCGGCGAGGGCCGCGCCAGGGGACUGCUCGAGAUCCUGGCCCUUGUGCUGACGGUGCUGGCGGCGGUGUGGGCGACGCAGCGCGCCACCACACUGCGGGACUUCGGCAGCGAGCACUUCUUCGGAGACUCUGUUACUGAUGGCGAGGAGUUCGACUACAUCGUGGUGGGCGCGGGCCCCGCCGGCAGCGCGGCGGCGGCGCGCCUGGCGCUGGCCGGCAGCCGCGUGCUGCUGCUGGAGGCCGGCGGGGAGCCUGGCCUUAUGAGCAAGAUGCCGGGAGCCACGUUGGGGCUGACGGGCACGUCGCUCAACUGGCACUACGCCACGCGGCCCAACAACAAGUCCUGCCUGUGCAGCGACGGGCGCGCGUGCCGCUUCGCGCGCGGCCGCUGCGUGGGCGGCUCCACCGGCAUCAACUUCAUGAUGUACACCCGCGGCAACGCCAGGGACUACGACUACGACCUCCCCGGCUGGAACUGGGAACACCUCGAGCCCUACUUCCUGAAGUACGAAGGCCUCUACGACUCUCAUCGCCUGCCCGCCUCCUCGGCUCGCCACCACAACACGUCCGGAGUGGUUCCCGUCGGGUACUUCGGCGACUCCUCGAACCCGUGGCACGAGAGAAUCGUCAAAGGACUCCGAUCCCUCGGCGUUCCGUACAAUCCUGACGUGAACGCUCACUCCCAAAUCGGAGUCUCCCAAGUGCUCGGCUACACGGCGGGAGGCGAACGAGUGAACAUCGGCAAAGUCUAUCUCGAACAAAAGAGAGUUAAAAAUAAAUUAAAAUUAGUCAAGAACACGAGAUGCACUGGAGUCAUCAUCGAUGAAAAUAACGUCGCCAGGGGAGUGACAGUCUUCAGGGAACCCAAUGAAACUUUGCAUUUUUUCUCAAAACAUGAAGUAGUGUUGAGCGCAGGCGCCAUCGCGACGCCUCAACUGCUGAUGCUCUCGGGAGUGGGACCGAGGAAGCAUUUGAAAGAGUUCGGUAUCCCCGUGAAAGCGGACCUGCCGGUCGGCGAGGGAAUGUCGGAUCACAUCUUACCAGUUACCUACAUUCAAGUCGACGAUGAAUAUAAGUCAUCGUUCCAGUUUUCCACCCUCGGAGAGAAGAGUCUUCAAGCCGUGCAGUGGCUCGCCACCCGGAGCGGCCCUAUGGCGUCCAUCAGCCUCACCGACGUCACCACGUUCAUCAACACCGCGUGCUACAACUUCACGCAGCGACGCUUGCUGAACGAUCGGCCCGAGUGCGAGCUGCCGACCCUGCAGCUGAUCCACGCUUACAUGGACAAGGGUUUGGGAAGCUUCGCCCGCUCCAUAGCGCGGCAUAUGUUCUCUCAAUGCGACGAGGUUUACGAGAGGGUGUUCUCCUUGAACGAGGAGAGCAGUCUCGUAGUUGUAUCUCCGAUCUUGCUUCAACCCGAGUCGCGAGGCCGGUUGCGGCUGGCGAGCUCCGACCCGCUGGUGCCGCCGGCCAUCACGCCCAACUAUUUGGACGACGAGAGGGAUGUGGAGGAGAUGGUGCGGGCGUUAAAGUUCGUGGAGCAUAUUGUCGAAACGCCAAUCUAUAAGAAGUAUAACGCGUCGGUCGUGCGGGGUCGUUUUCCCGGUUGCCCCGAUUUCCCGGAGGAGGGUUACUGGGAGUGCUACGCGCGGCACAUGACUCAGUCCGUACAUCACGCGGUGGGCACGGCGGCGCUGGGCAGAGUCGUCGACGAGCGGCUGAAGGUCAUGGGCAUCAGACGCCUCCGCGUGGCCGACGCGUCCGUGCUGCCGUACGUGCCGCGCGGCAACACCGCCGCUGCCAUCAUCGCGAUCGGAGAGCGACUGGCAGACUUCCUCAUAGAGGAUCGAGAACUAAUCCUCCAUUGAAAAUAGGUAGAUCUUCACUGGUUGAAGAUUAUUCAGAAGCAAGAAAGUG